AUGAAUGUAAAAGCAGACAUGGAAUCUAGAAAAAUCAACUCCGGAGCCGAGUGGAUGCUUAAUCCUACUGAUUUGCAAAAAUCUUUGACCCAAUUACAAUUCACUCCAGUAAUUGACCUUUUUGCAUCCAGAAUCAAUAAACAGUUUGUGCGGUAUGCAUCAUUUAGACCUGACCCAGAGGCCGAAAUAAUAGAUGCCUUUACGAUACAAUGGGGAAAUCUAAAAUUUUACAUGUUUCCCCCGUUUAGUGUCGUUCCAGCAGUUUUACGAAAAAUUGUAGAGGACCAGGCCAUGGGUGUUUGUUUUCUACCAGAUUGGUCCACACGUGUCUGGUAUCCCAAGGCCAUGAACACACAUGCAUAGGGAAGCCAAUAUUACUCCAACCGAAACAGGACAGACUAAUACUAAGAACUUGCGACUUCUAGUUUGUCUAUUAUCAGGACUAAACUAGAACGACAUAACAUUUCAGCUACAGCAAAGGACGUCAUUAUGGCGUCUUGGCGCGAAAGUACCAAGAAACAAUACCGCACAUAUCUUACUAUAGGUGGAAACAGUUUUGUGCUGAGAGAAACAUUAAUUGGUCCAAUGCUACGGUUGAGCAGGGCAUAGAUUUCCUGGCAAAUUUAUUUGAACAGAAAUUGAGCUACAGUGCUAUAAACACAGCAAGGUCAGCGUUAUCUGUGAUGCUAACACCUAAAGACGGGACGUCAUUUGGAGAAAACCGACUAGUAUGCAGGUUUUUGAAAGGCGAAUUUGAAAUUAAGCCAGCAUUGCCAAAAUAUAAGAAAAUAUGGGAUGUUGAACAGGUCCUAACUUACGUAAGGUCACUAACGCUGAACUCGGAACUUUCUCUGAAGCAGCUUUCCCAUAAAUUAGUAAUGCUACUGGCUCUCCUAACUGGACAACGUUGUCAAACUAUUCACAAACUUAUGCAGGAAUUGCCAGGGAAAUAA